AUGAUUAAAACAAAGGAAAAGUAGCCCUCAUCACGGUUUAAUACAAAGCAAUUAUAAUCCUACAUAAAGAACCUUGAUAACUUUGGUAUCCCAGUAUCCCUAACAUUCAAGAAUGAUCCUCAAAUUAAAUCAUUUAUCGGAGGUUCAAUGACAGUAUUAAGUAGAAUAGGAGUAUUUGUAUAUCUAGCUCUUCAGAUAAUUGCUGUGUUCUCUAAAACUGCCACGAUCUAAGCUUCAUUUUACAGAAGAAACUUAAUUGAGGACCCAACAGAGUAUGACCUUACUUUGAAGGAAUUUGAUUAUGGAGUCUGA